AUGGCUGGCGGUGCCGUCAAGUACAGGCAUCUCAGCCGUCACUCGGCCGCCCGACAGGCCCUCCUCCGCGGCCUCGUCACCUCCCUCGUCAAGCACGAACACAUCCAGACCACCUGGCCCAAGGCCAAGGAAGCACAGCGCCUCGCCGAGAAGCUCAUCACCCUCGCCAAGCGCGACAACGAGGCCACGCGCCGCAAGGCCCAGGGCAUCCUCUACACCCCCCACGAGAUCCUGCCCAAGCUCUUCGGCGAGCUCAAGGCACGCUACGCCGAGCGCCCCGGCGGCUACACCCGCGUCCUGCGCACCGAGCCCCGCAACGCCUACGACCAGGCGCCCUCGGCCAUCCUCGAGCUCGUCGACGGGCCCCGCGACCUGCGCUUCACCAUGACCGCCAAGGCCGUCGCCCGCGGCCAGCACGAGGGCUGGCCCAUGAACGACGUCACCCAGAAGAACGUCGACAAGGUGACGCGGUAUCGCGAGGGCGGCAAGAAGGCCCUCGACAAGCUCGUGAGCCAGUUCAAGUGGGUCAUGGGCCAGCAGCAGAGGGAGACGGAGAAGAAGAUUAGGAAAGAUGGCGAGAAGGAGACGACGACACUGGACGCGAAGCAAUAG